AUGAACGAGGUGGAACGUGCAACAACUCAUGAGGGUGAGAAUAGGGAACCUGAUAAUGGUACUAUAAGGAAUGGUUCCGAAGCUCAAGAUGGUGUACCUCCUCGUGGACAAGGCAAACAGCGUGGCCAUAAUAAUCGCAAGAAAACUAAUCAUCGACCUGAAACAAAAGAUGGCAAGAAACUGCGGGGGAAACAAACCCGUAAACAACCACAAGCUACUCAUUCCCAUCCACAUAUCCAGAUCAAAAGUGAAGAUCGACAAACUGCAUUGACUCAAGUACAUCAAUUAUACGAACAAUUAUUGCAACCGACCCUAUCUAUCUACCCACAACACCACACCACGUCCAAUGAAUCAAUUGAUUUCAUAAUGAACAAUUACGCAUACAUAAAUCAAGAUUUCAUCAAAACCAAUCCUCGACUAACUGAUAAAACCCAUCGACAACAAUUCCACCAUCAGAUGCGACAAAUCAUCAAUAGGCAAGCUAUUUUAUUUAGUAUCGAUAUUGAAGCUUGGGAAUUGAAUAAUCGAACCAUUACUGAAAUUGGUGUUGCCAUAUAUGAUCCGAGACGUCAGGGCACUAAUUGCAUUGUUCCUAAUUUCACGAAAUUGCAUAUUCGUGUGUUGGAGAAUAUGCAUCGGUUGAAUGGGAAAUUUGUCGUAGAUCAUGCGUUGCAUUUCAUUGGUGAGCCGACGUUGAUUUUGAACAUGUAUGAUGCUGUUGUAUUGAUUCAGUCACUAUUUGACUAUUUCUUCAAGCCGCAUGGCUCUAAUAAUAAUGAUGAUAAUGAUGAUGAGUUGCAGACGUAUUUAGUCGGGCAUGAAGUAUCCGGCGACAUCAAGUGGUUGUCCUCAUUAGGCAUCCAGUUCCCACCCAAAUUACCCACUUUGGAUACGUUACAAAUUGUUAAAAUAACGCAUGGACAGCAAAAUCUAAGUCUCGGAAAGUCGUUACGCAAACUCGAUUUGCCGCAUGUGUUUCUACACAAUGCUGGCAAUGACGCCUAUUACACUUUGCUUUUGUGUUUGAAAUUGAUGGAUCCGGGUGUUAGGAGUUUGUACAAGUUGGAUUUAUGCAUUGAUAAGAAGUUGAUGAUGAGUGAGGAGGAGAAGGUGGCGGCAAAGGAGGAGAAGAAGAAGCAGAGGCAGGAGAAGUUGGAGAGGAGGGAGAUGAGAAAGUUGAACAAGAAGUUGGGCAUUCCUUUGGCGGAUGGUGAAGAAGGUGAAGAUGAAGAAGAAAUAGAUGCUGGACAGCUCAAAGGUAAUGCUGAGAAGAAGAAGAAGAAAUCGAGAAAGAAAAAACUUGAUAAUCAUAAUGUGGCUCAAAGUGUGCAUUGUUCUGCUUCUAAUGCGUUGUUGUAUGUGUUUGGUGGUAAGCCAUUACCAGGAGAUGAAGAAGAAGAAGUGGAAUCAGAAGCAACGGAGGAGGAACAUGGGGCAGAGGAAAAAGGAAUAAAAAGCACUUUAAAUUAA